GCUAUUCAGUUAGCCUGAACAAGGCCCGCUAUGCCUGGAAGCUUGAUUGCCUCUAUCUCGCGAAAAGAUAUGUAGGUUGGGGAAUCCUUACCUUCACGAUGAUUCAUUUCAAAGAAUAUAUGUCAAUUCCACAAAAAACAACCGCUGAAAGUGUAAUACGAAGCGCGAAGUGUGGCGUAAUGCAUGUGAUUUAGGUUACGGACAUCGAUUUUGAUGCAUCGGAAGAGUGUGGAAAUAACGUAGUUACUUUUGUGAGAAAGACUGAAUAAUACUUAUGAAUGGGAAAUGGGAUUGUUAGAUUCCGGCACCAGGAUGGUGUGUAUGAAGUGCUACCCGCAAAAAGGACCGUAGGGGAGUUUCGAACGUUCAGUGUCCAGCAAAUAAAAAACAGUGCGUUCGAACGAGCAGUUCCUUAUUAAAGGUGUAUUUAGACUUACAGUAAUUGUGGAACGAAAAUGCCCGGGCUAGUAGCAUUCAGGAGGAGAUGGUCGGUUGGUUCCGACGAUCUAGUGGUGCCGGGUGUCUUUUUGUUCACCAUGCAUCUGAUUUGGACAAUAGUACUGACCCUCCUCCUAAUUUUCGUCCAUUUCGAUAAAAAAACAGAAUGCGUUUUUCUGUUAUGGUGGUUCAUCAUAGGAUAUAUGAUCAUUCUAGUCAUCUCGAUGCUUCUCGAGUCUAUGGUAGCAUUUAUUGCUUUAAAAGGCACCAUCCUCGACCAAGAACCACGAGAACCCAUGCAGUAUGUCCUGUAUGUUAGAAUUGUUGUGAUGCUGAUUGAAGGUGGAUGGUUAAGUGCUGGGGUAUAUUGGCUUGUAACCUACUACAAAACCUGCCAAAUAGAAAUAGCCAAAGAAUAUGUUUUAGGUCUAAUAAUUUUCAACUGGUGUUUACUCCUAUCAGUACUGAUAACUGUAUGGUGUACCUAUGAUGCUGCCGGCAGAUCAUGGGUAAAAAUGAAGCAGUACCAAAAGUCUAUGAGAGAGAUGGAAUCAAAAUACCAAUACAAAAGAUCUAACAGUACAAGAAACUGGAGACAGAGGAAAGUGCUAAGGGCCUACCAAGAUCGUUGGCAACAGAGGUGUAAAUUUCUAUUUUGUUGCUAUUCGGCCUCCGACAGGAACAGAAACUCAUUCUCGGAUAUAGCCAAGUUGCUGUCAGAUUUCUUCAGAGAUCUGGAUGUUGUUCCUUCAGAUGUUCUAGUCGGUCUGGUGCUGUUGAGGAAAUUCCAGAAAAUUGAGAGAAAAAAUAUUAUAGAACAGAAACUGAACGAUACGUAUGAAUACCUCUCAGGGGUUCCAGUAACUCCACGAACACAAUUCCUGUCGCUUCAUGAAGGUGGGCAAGACUUGGAACUUUUCCAGACUGUGAUACACUUCGCCCAUUUCGCUGUACACGCUUACGGUUGGCCCAUGUACGUUAUGAAUAAUAAACUUGGAUUCGUCAAGGUUUGCUCCAAUUUGACGUGUUGUUGUUUUCCCUGUAAUAAAAGUGGAGAAAUGACCUUCAAUCCGGAGAUUAUAAAUGACAAUUGCUGCAAGUGUAACUAUGCCGUAUUACAGAAGCUUUGUGAUGAAGGCGAUAUUGAAAUUGUGUAUGCCACUUAUCAUUGUGAUGUGGGGGAAACUCCUUUCUUUAUUGCUUUGGACUAUGACAGAAAGAAAGUGGUCAUUAGUAUUAGGGGGACUUUGAGCAUGCAAGACAUUUUGACAGAUUUGAAUGCUGAAGGUGAAACCAUACCUCUAGAUCCCAUAAAGGAGGACUGGCUUGGACAUAAAGGUAUGGUCCAGGCUGCACAAUACAUUUACAAUCAUUUGGAAAAUGAGAGACUCAUAGAGGCUGCACUUCAACAUAAUUUGGAGAGGGGCACCAAUACCUUCCAAUUGAUUAUUGUUGGUCACUCUCUAGGAGCUGGAACAGCAUCGAUUCUUGGUAUUUUGCUCAGACAGCAGUAUGAAAACUUAGAAUGUUAUUGUUACGCCCCCCCAGGAGGCUUGCUGAGUAUGCCUGCUGUUGAAUACAGUAAAAAGUUCACGAUAUCUGUUGUAGUCGGGAAAGAUGUUGUUCCGAGAAUUGGUCUUCAUCAAAUGGAAGCUCUAAGAGCAGACCUCAUAACUGCCAUCAAAAGGAGUGUAGAUCCCAAGUGGAAAACGAUAACUUGCUCCAUCAUCUGUUGUGGUUGCAUCCAACCGACUUCAGUUGUAGAAAUGAGUGAACAAGAUACAAUAGUUAGUGAAUAUUCCAAGUCAAAAAAGAGGGCUCGAAAAGAGAGCCUUCAUCCCAGCGACUCUUCUAUAGCUUUAACUAGUCACCAUCCUUUAUACCCUCCUGGUAGAAUAAUACACGUUGUUAGGCAUCAUCCGACAAAAGGAGAACAAAAAUAUGACAAACGUUGGAGACAGGCCAUAUCAAAGAAACAGCCAGUAUACCAAGCUUUAUGGGCUCAAAAUGUCGACUUCGAUGAAGUCAUAAUAUCUCCAGUUAUGAUACAAGAUCAUAUGCCAGAUAGGGUAUUAAGUGCACUACAGAAGGUUAUAACAACCCUAGGUCCAAGAAAGCCACAAAGAAUAUCGAGCAUAUCUUCAAAUAACUAUGGAAUAAACUCAAACGAACCGUCAGUAAGAUUGUCUUCUGAAUCUAGCCCAAAAACCCGACUAUAUCUAGAAACUAGCUUCACAUCACUACAGUCUCCUACGUUACCAACAGUAGGCGGUACCAGCAACGCCUCCUCGAUUACUAAUGGAUAUCACUCUGCCAAGUCGCAUUCUAGCCCCAUACAGAUAAAUAACGUGUUAACAAUGCUUGGACAUGAUACGAUUUCGGAUUUCAAUUUGAAUAUAGCUCCUUCAAGGCAACCAAAGAGUUUGAGUUUGAACAUUAAGACUACUACAUCUCCUGUUAAUAAAUUCGACCUUAUACACGACGAUUGGUUUGGACUUGCCCCAUUGGCUUCACCGGAAAGUUUGUCUGAAAUUUCAGUAAUAUCUUCAAGAGCUAGUUUUAUGAUCAAUUCUACCGAUGAAAGCGCGUGCCAAACACCGAAACUGAUGAAGAGAACUUUGAAAAUAAUAGGAAAUCUCAGCACUUGUGCCGACGACAUCGUAAACGUGCGCAACUUCCAGAAAGUUGAGACGUUUGCUAGGAAGAGAUCAAUGAGCGGAAGUCAUUCCUCCAACUCUGACACGAGCUUUGAAUCUGCAGUAAAUGGAGAGCUACCUCGGUUAAUGAAAUGUGACACUAUAACAGAGACAUCUCAAAAGGUUCCAGAUAUAAAUUCGACUGGCUCAGAUAGAGAUGACUUUCAAUCGGCUGAGGAUAUUCUGGACAACGUUCUGAUUUCUGCAGGUUGCAAAGAGUUCUUCAACAGCACUCCCUCCUUCCUAGAGACGCAUUUCGACAUAUUUGAGGGUGACAAGCAACAAGAAAAUCCGAAACUUUGUAGGUUAGUCUACCAGAGCAGUCCAACCCUGCUAUCUCCAAACACUCCAGAGGACUUGGACCAGGAUCUUCUGUCUAAUCUAGCCAUAGACCUGAAUUUACAGGAGUCAAACAGAUCAAUGCAUAUUUAUAGUUCCAAAAGCAAUAGUGUAGACUCUGGAAGCACCUGCAGAACCCCAUCGGAUAGCAAGAAUGUUACUUUUAACCCCCAAGUGAUAAAUAUUGAACAUAUACCUUUGAGUCCUAAGAAAAAAGACAGGUGGCAGUUUUUUCGGGCGAGAAGUAAUCCUUCCAAAAUGAAUUCAGAAUUAACGGUUCUUAAGCCAAGAAUAGUGGAACCCCCAAAGACGAUUUUGUGCACAAAAAGGAGAAAGAGCGAAGAGGAUUUUUUUGCUCGGACUGAGGCCCUACCUCUUUUGAGUGGAUUGACUGGAAAUUUCAGUGAAAGUUCAUCCGGAUACAUAAAGCGGAAAAAUCACGUCUUUCCAUCAGAUGUGGCUAUUAUGAAUAAGCCAAAUGAAAGUAGUGUUUGAUCCUAGGUAUAAUUAUAAUAAUAAGUACUAGGAGAAUAAUUGUUUACAGUUCAUAUAGAAUUGUUUCAAUGUACGUGAUGCAGAACAGUUUGCUAUUGAAUUGAUUAUUCAAUUCAAUGAAUUUUUCUUCAAUUGAUUGAGGCAUAAUUUUUUAAGAUUAUCUAGGAAAACUGAGAUAAAUUGGAUAUAAGUUUUACAAACGAAAAAUUCAUUAUGAGAGAAUGUUUGAGUUCUAUAUUAGUUUUCGAAACAAAGGAUAAUGAAUAAUUAAGAUAAUAUCUUGAGAACUUUCAUUCUCCUUUUCAAGAAACUAUUUACAAACAAUCAAAUAACUAAAAAUUAGAUAUAUAGGUCUUCUACUGUGAUAAUAUAUGUUAAUCUACAGUACAGAUUUUUUUAUAGAACUAUAAAAUGAAAUACUGUUUUCAAAAAAUACUAGACAUCAAUUAUAUGAAUAUUGUAUUUGUAAUGAAAGUAGAAUAUUCAGAGAACUAUUUUGGUGUUGAAUAAAAAUUAUGGAAAGCAACAAAUAUAUCAUGUCACUCCAAAUACUCUGAGGAAUGGAAUAAUUUUUCAAUCUGUACCUAUAUGUUUGUUGUCAAAAUAGCUCUUUGAAAAAUUUCUAGAUUGGAAAUGUAGAAUUUUUAACAAAUUACUGAAUGUUAUAGAAUUUUUGAGGAAAAAUUUAUAAAGUGGGGUGAACAUAUUCCAAACAGAAAUAUUUAUAAAAAAAAAUAAAAAUCAAUAUUGAAAUAUAAUGCGAUUUUGAACUAAAGAUAUCAAAUAUGAAGUCAUGUUCUGAAUUCCUAUAUUUUGUGAUAGAGAAAAUGAACCGGCCAGUUAAAUCAAGUUGAUAGUUGUAAAUAAUGAUGAAAUCUUGUGACUACUAAGAUUUAAACUUGUUCUUUCCUUCGCAACAAUACAAAAUUUAAAAUGAACAAUAAAUAAUAAUGAACAUAACGGCCAAUAUUAAAUAGUCCAUCUUGUCAAAAAUGAAUUUAUUCAAGAAAAAUGAAAGUUAAUUCUAUUGCAGUUUCAAAAUAUCAUCAAUUUUAUUAGUUUGAAAACUGUUAUGGAUAUAUAAACAUAUAAUAUGGUGUAAAAAAAUAGGGUCCAAAGAUUGAAGAAUAAAAACAGUUUUCUCUUGAAAAAAUGUAAUUUACAGUGUAGAAAAUUAUAACAGAAAAGAGUUCAAACCAGAUCACUAUUUACAAAUACAUAAAAUAUAUUUAUUUCUAAAAUAU